CAAAUCCAAAUGUUAUGAACCGGGUGCCAAAAAAUCAGUCUCUUGCUCGACUUUGUUUUGAGUACCAAAUUUAAGUUUCUGCUGCUAGAUCGAUCAAAUAAAUUAAGUCAAAUUUCCUGCACAAGAUGCCUCCAUUUUGCAGCAUGAAUAGAUGUUCGAAUCCGUGGUUUCUGCGCGCCGUGCGCCAGCACAUACGUAAUAUCCACGAGAUGAGGAUUCCGUACGCCCGUCCGGUGGGCCUAAGUCAGCGCAAUUUCACAUUGGAGCCACUGGGCAACCGGGAACUCAUCCGCGUCCACGGGGCCGAGGUGGUGCCAUUCUUGCAGGGUCUCUCGACCAACGAUGUGGCCCGGAUUCGUUCACCGGGGGGUCCUGCCUCAAUGUACGCCCACUUCCUCAACAAGGCGGGCAGGCUGCUGUACGACACAAUCUUGUACCGCACCAACAAUCCGGAAACCAUCCUAAUUGAGUGCGAUCGGGAGGCUUCCUCGGACUUCCGACGCCACCUCCGCACUUACCGCGUUCGCAGACGCAUUGAGGUCGACAGUGUGGACGAUGAGUAUACCACUUGGGUGAUGUUCAACCUUAAGGACGCUUCGGAGGCUGUACCCAAUCCACAUCCGGACUUAUUUGUGUCCCUCGACCCGAGGCUGCCCGUCCUUGGCACACGCAUCCUGGCUCCUACCGACAUGGACUGGGCCAAGCUGUCGAAAUGUUUUGUCGACUUUGGAACCGCCACACCAGCCUCUCCUGAUAAUAAUUAUCAGCUUCUUCGCUACAAGCAGGGAGUGGGCGAGGGCUGCUCGGAACUGCCUCCGGGCAAAUGUUUUCCUCUCGAAGCAAAUGCAGAUUACCUACAUGGCGUGAGCUUCCAAAAGGGCUGCUAUGUCGGCCAGGAGUUGACCGCCCGCGUCCAUCAUUCGGGCGUGAUCCGAAAGAGAUACAUGCCCAUCCGGUUGACAGCUCCUAUUGAUUUGGGUUCCAACCAGGACGUAACUUCUGUUGCUGGAGCGAAACUAGGACGCGUCUUUGGUUUUGCGCACAAGCAUGGUGUUGCACUGUUGCGAAUCGAGAAGGUUCUCAACGGCCGUCCGGAGCUAAUGAUCGAUGGCGAGCGUUGUUUUGUGGAACGUCCGGAAUGGUGGCCAGAGGAUCUGCCUGGAAAGCGUCGCAUGGCGUUCGCUGAAUGACCUACGAACUGAAUUGACCAACUAUUUGUUAUUAUACCAUUGUUAUAAGUGUAGUAAAUGUAACUAGUCUUCGUAAAA